UAAAUCACAUAGAAACCCCAAACAACUGCAGAAUCAAAUCCCCACCCAAGCGUGCAGCAACACACAGGGACAGGGUCACUUCAACUUGUGUAUCGGAGCCCUCAACUCCGGCCGGUCGUAUGUGCCGUCGUUUUCUUUCAACGCUGUCCAUUGUCCCUCCGCCCUAGCCAAAUAAUUCCAGGAGCGGCGAAGCUCAAAUUGUAGUGAAGUCGUUCGAAAAUCGAAAACCCCCCUCUAUCUACAGUUUCAAUUCGCUGAGGAUUUUAUGCUGCUGCCGCCUUGGCGAUGGCCUCCAAGAAAAUCAUUGCCGUGUGCCAAUCGGGAGGGGAGUUUGUGACCAACAAAGACGACGGGUCUUUGACGUACACCGGCGGCGAGGCCUACGCUCUAGACCUGGAUGAUCAGACGACUUUGGAUGAUUUUAAGCAGGAGCUUGCUGACACCUUCCAGUGCGUCACCGAUGGUAUGACAAUAAAGUAUUUUCUCCCCGGGAACAAGAAGACACUCAUCACUGUGUCUAAAGAUAAGGACCUCAAGCGCAUGAUCAACUUCUUCCAAGACUCCGAUCAAGUCGAUGUCUUUGUAAUGGCAGAAGAAGCUGCUGUUCGUAACGUGUCCAUCAUGCCUGCCAGCAGGUCGAGCAGGACGACAGUGUCAGAGGCCACCCUGACUCCUCCCCCGCCUAUGGAUUUGAUCAAUCCUAAUGAUCAGAUUGUUGUCGACACUCCCAUUGAUAUCAGUCCCAUUGGGGUCUUCCCUACCAUGAAUGACGAGAGGCAUCGUCGGGCUGCUAUGCAGUGGGAGAACACCAUCACCGGUGUGGACCAAAGAUUCAGUAGUUUUGCUGAAUUCCGAGAGGCUUUGCACAAGUACUCAAUUGCCCAUGGAUUCACUUACAAAUAUAAGAAAAACGAUAGCCAUCGUGUCACUGUGAAAUGCAAGGCAGACGGUUGCCCUUGGCGUAUAUAUGCAUCGAAGUUGGCUACGACCCAGCUAGUAUGUAUUAAGAAAAUGAAUGCAUCUCAUACAUGUGAAGGAGCUGCUGUAAAAGCUGGGUACCGAGCAACAAGGGGAUGGGUUGGAAAAAUCAUAAAGGACAAGUUAAAAGUUUCUCCCAAUUACAAGCCGAAAGAUAUUGCCACUGAUAUUAAGCGCGAGUAUGGCAUUACACUGAACUAUUCUCAAGCAUGGCGGGCGAAAGAGAUUGCAAGAGAGCAGCUUCAGGGUUCUUAUAAGGAAGCAUACACUCAGAUACCUCUAUUAUGCGAGAAAAUAAUAGAAACAAAUCCCGGUAGUCUAGCAACGUUUGCCACAAAGGAGGACUCCAGCUUUCAUCGUUUGUUUAUUGCAUUUCAUGCUUCGAUAUCUGGUUUUCAGCAGGGUUGCCGUCCUCUUCUUUUCCUUGAUAGCACUCUUCUUUAUGCGAAAUAUCAAGGAACGCUAUUGGCUGCAAUAGGUGCAGAUGGUAAUGAUGGUUUCUUUCCAGUAGCCUUUGCGGUUGUAGAUGAGGAGACUGAUGACAACUGGCAUUGGUUUCUGUCGGAACUAAAACCCGCUGUCUUAACAACUCAACCUAUAACAUUUGUUUCUGAUUUCCAAAAGGGUAUUAGAGAGUCAUUACAGGAUAUAUUUGGUAAGGAUUGUUACCAUGGUUAUUGUCUUCGAUAUCUGGCCGAGAAACUAAAUAAGGAUCUGAAAGGGCAGUUUUCACACGAAGCAAGACGACUUAUGGUCCAAGAUUUGUAUGCUGCUGCUUACGCUCCAAAACUCGAGCUGUUUGAGCGCUGUGCUGAAAGCAUAAAAGCCAUCUCGCCCGAAGCUUACAAUUGGGUCAUAAGAAGUGAGCCAGACCACUGGGCAAAUGCGUUUUUUGGCGGGGCGAGGUAUGACCAGUUGACUUGCAAUUUCGGCCAACCUUUCUAUGAUUGGGUGGCGGAGGUGAAUGAGUUGCCCAUAACGCAAAUGGUGGAUGUUCUACGAGGGAAGAUGAUGGAAUUGAUGUAUACAAGACGCGCUGAAUCCAGUCAGUGGGUUACAAAGUUGACUCCUUGUAUGGAACAAAAGCUUCAGAACGAGAUUGCAACGGCACGAUCGCUCCAGGUACUACUGUCACAUGGGAGCACAUUUGAAGUUCGGAGUGAAACUGUCGAUUCGGUAGACAUUGACCAUUGGGAUUGUAGUUGCAAAGGGUGGCAGCUUAAUGGGAUGCCUUGCUGUCAUGCUAUCGCUGUUUUUGAAUGCCUCGGAAGCAGUCCCUUCGAUUAUUGCUCCCGAUACUUCACAACCGAGUGUUACCGCUUGACAUAUGCAGAAUCCAUUAAUCCUGUCCCGAAUGUGGAGAAACCAGUAAACGGUGACCAGCAGAUAAUAGCUGUUGUAACUCCUCCACCGAAUAAACGCCCACCCGGUCGACCAAAGAUGAAACAAGCUGAUCCUAUGGACAUAAUCAAACGACAGCUCCAGUGUAGCAAGUGCAAGGGCCUCGGCCACAAUAAGAAGACUUGCGAGAAGGUGAACAGGAUUGAAGUGGCUGAACAAGAACAAGAACAAGAAGAACAACCAGAAUCCUUACUUUUAACGGGGAUUACAACAGAAGAACCCGAACUCGAACCCUUACCCGAACCUGACCCCCAAGGAGGUGCAUGAUUCACUGUCUUGUCGUCCGUCCGUCCUAUGUACUUGUAAAGCUCUUUCUUUCAUCGCCAGAUACAUCUCCAAUGAAAUGGGAAUUCAUAGAAAACUUUAGGUUAAAUUAAAGCUUUUUUUUUUUUUUUCCUUUUAUUUUGGGGUUGUAAUCACAGAACUUUUGUAGUCCUUUAUGGUUAGGUAGAUAUAAAAUUCUUAGUUUCAUAGAAA